GAAAAGAGAAGAGAAGUUGGAGUGGAUGUACCAGGGCCCUGGGGGCAUGGUGAACAGAGAGGAAUAUCUCAUGGGCCGCCCUGUGGACAAAUACAUCUUUGAGAAGACAGAAGACAAGGAUGCCGGCUGCUCCAGUGAGACAGGACUUCUCCCAGGCUCUAUUUUUGCCAAGACAGGUGCCAAUUCUGUCCUAGAUAUGGCAAACAAAAUCCGGGAGGAUCCUUUAUUUUUUUCCUGCUUUAGAAAGAGGGAGGAGGAAAAGAAGAGAGAAGUUUUGAACAAUCCUGUUAAAAUGAAGAAAAUUAAAGCACUGCUGCAAAACAGUUUAGAUAAAAAAGAGAAGAAGAAGAAGAAAGAGAAGAAGAAGAAGCACAAGAAACAUCGACGUCGCAGUUCCAGCAGCGAAAGUGACAGCAGUGAUGAGGAGCGAAGCAAAAAUAAGUCUCAGAAGAGGAUGAACAAUUCCUCCUGGAAACCUGCUUUUUCCAAAGUUCCAGGAUAUGGUUUACAGGUUAGAAACUCUGACCAGAGCCACAGGUCCAGGAGCUCUCCAGCUGCCAGGCAGGACAGGGGCCCCCACAAGCACCGGGAUCGUUCCAGGUCCAGGAGCCCGUCCUGUUCUCCUCAGAGACGCUCCAGCAAGAAGAAUUCAGAACAAUCUGGAUCCAGAGAGUCAAGAUCUCCUUCAAGACACAGUAAACAACAUGGCAAUCGGGAGGAAAAAGGGAGAGCUAGAAGCCCUUCCCCUAAAAAGAGCUAUCGCCGGCAGCAUGCUCCAGGUUACACAAGAAAGAUCUCUCCAGAGGAACUCGAGCGGAAGCGCCAGGAAAUGAUGGAAAACGCCAAGUGGCGGGAAGAGGAGCGAGCAAACAACCUGAGGAAACACCUCAAGGAGGAGGAGCGGGAGCGAGAGCUGGAGAAACUUGACUCCCGAGAUGGGAAGUUCUUCAAUCGCUUAAAACUAGAGAGUGCAUCUACUUCCACCCUUGAAGAUCGGGUGAAACGCAAUAUCCACUCCCUUCAGAGGACUCCUGCUGCCUUGGAAAAAAACUUUAUGCAGAGAUGA